AUGGCCGCGUCACACAAGGAGACAAUGUCCAACGGCAAACAGCCGGUAGUAUGUGUUUUUUGCGGCUCAUCGGCUGGCAAAAACCCAGCACAUCUCGAAUCUGCACAGACUCUGGGCACGACUAUUGGCAAAGCAGGCUAUAAGCUCGUCUACGGCGGUGGAACCAUGGGUGUCAUGGGUGAAGUGGCCAAAUCUGUGGUUUCGGUAGCUGGUCCCGACGCCGUCGAGGGUAUCAUCCCGCGGGCCUUGAUCCAGUCUGAAAAGGACGUCUCAAUGAGAAGUGAGACGAGUCGCGCCUCAGCAAAAAAGCCUGAGCGCACCAUGUCCGAGGAGGAUCUGGAACGCAUCGACAGCAAUACCGACCCCGACGUCUAUAUUGUUCCCAAGUCCGAAUUCGGCUCUACCACCAUUGUUCCAGACAUGCAUACCCGUAAGCGGAUGAUGGCUCAGCGUGUCGAGCAGGGAGGAGCUGGCUCUGGCUUUAUCGCUUUGGCAGGAGGAUACGGCACCAUGGAGGAGGUCAUGGAGAUGGUGACGUGGAACCAACUCGGCAUCCACUCGAUUCCCGUUGUCCUCGUCAACAUCAAUGGUUAUUGGAAUGGUCUUCUGGAGCUGGUCAGAAACAGUGUUAGAGAGGGCUUUAUCAGCCCUGGGCAGGCCAACAUCCUGGUCGAGGUCAAGAGUACUGACGACGUCCUGGCUGCCUUGCGUGACUACCAGGUAGCCCCUGGCAGAUACAAGUUGGACUGGGAGACCAUCAAAGUAUAG